AAUGGCUUUGGAUGAGGAAUUUUCUAAAGAGCUUCUGGAGAGAAUCUCAACGUUGGCUGAGAGGAUUGAGAAUGUUGAUAUUAUUAAACGUCAGCAAACAGUUUUGGAUAAUUUAAAAACUCUUCGAAUUGGUAAGAAGAAAUUGCUUCAUCAAUUACAACUUUUAUUGGAAAAGGAAGCGGAUGUUCAAGUAACGAAUGAUUUGAUUCAGAAACUUCUUCAAUCAUUCAAUGAAUUAAGAAAGCAAGAACAAGAAUUUACUUGUGCAAUGAGAGAAGUUGUAGUUAAAUUUUGUGGUGAUUUGAAUGAUGUACUUCCAAAAUUGAAUGAAGUACAACAAAUUUUGAAAAAUGAUAAGGACAAUAAAUUUUCAGAGUUUAAUUUGUUGGAAGUCGAACGUUUGACUCUUAAGCUCAAAAAUGUGCAAGAGAUGAUUUUUGGUUUUAAUGAAAUGUUCAAGGAAGCUGAAGAUGCUUCUGGUCUUUUGGAUGAACAACUGAAGACUCGUUUGAGCAUUUAUUUUGAAAAGCAAAAGCGAAAGAGUUUGGUUCAACGACUUAAUGACACAACUUUAUCUAUCUCUAAAGAUAAGAAUGCUCAUCAUCAAAAAUUUGUUAAUGCUCAUUGUAAUUCCAAUUCUGAAAGGAAGCAACGCCAAUUAGAACGUCUUCGACGUGAAGCAGUGAAAAGAGGAAUUGUUAAUAAUAAUGACAAUCAUGUUGAAUGUGUGGAAACUACUACAGUUUCAUUAGAGACGAAGAAGGAGGAUCUGGAAAAUGUUGAAAAAGAAUUUGAAUUGAAAGCAACAAUUGAGGAUGAUGAGAGAAUUCCUCCAAUUCCUCAUUUGCCAAAUCAAGAAGAAUUAUGCACUUCGAGUUCAGCCAAAAAUAAAGAUGAGCUUCGUUCCAAAAUUUCUGAGCGCUUUUCUUCUUUGGCUGCGCGUAAACAUAAAAUGAGGCUUAUUCAAUCGAGACUUAGUAAUUUACAACAACAGAAGAUGGAAACUACUUAUGAUGAGGCUUUAAAUCGAUACAAGAAUAAAUUGGAAAAUUUGCAAAAUUCUGGAUUUACUGGAGAUGAUUCUUUUAAUUCUGUUGGUGAUGAAAAUAAAGCUUUGAAUCAAAAUGAGGAUCUUCCUAAGAAUGGAGAAGAAUCUCGAGAUGUUAAAUUAAACAAGUUUGAAGAACCAAAUCAGGGCGAACUUUUGGUUAAAGAGUCUGACAAUGUCAAUUCUACUGUUGAAAAGGCUGCUAAUAUUGAUGGUUUAGUUGUUAGUUCAUCGACAAAUAGCAAUGAUGAGACUACCUUUUCUACAAUUGAAAAUAGUUUGGAAGGAGUUGAGAAGGGUCAAACUGCACAAUUUGGUUGGACUGGAAAUGAGGUAGUUUUUUAUUAA